ACGAACGCCGCGUAGGCACUAUUCUACAAGAAGACGGCUGCCCAGGCGCUCCUUUCAUGCUUUGCCAUCUGUAGUUUGGGCAGACGCAGGUGAGGAGGUGGUACGCCUACACGGCCACCCGAGGUUCUAACGGCGACGACGGGUGACGGCAGCCACUGCCGGCGGUGUCAGAGGUUCAAUUGAAAUAAUGGAGAUGAAGCAAAAACCAAAGUCUAGCGAUCCAGGUUGGAAAUAUGGUUCUUAUGCAUACCCUGGGCAAAGUAUAAAUGCUAUAAAAUGUGAUCUUUGUGGUAAGACUACCCAUGGGGGUAUCUAUCGACAUAAGCUACAUUUGACGCAAGCUGGAGGCAAUGUCCAACCAUGCCCGAAUGUCACGUCAGAAAUUCGCAAGGAGAUUGAAGAUUACAUGCAGAGUCAAGCUAGCAAGAAAAAAAGAUUCGAUCGAGCACCUAGUAAAGAGAAUAGCAUUCCACAGGGAGAAUCUUAUGAAACCGUGGAAAAUGAUACGGAGGGAUCAAGAAAGAAAAAUGGAGAAAUCUCGAUGACCAUGCCGACCAAUGUUCGCAAAAGGCCAUGGGUUUCUUGCUCUAUGGAUACUUAUCUUACACAUAAUGAUGAGGAAAAUGAAGUGAUCCAAUUUCCUAAGAAAGGGGAGAGGUCUGUAGAAUCUGCUACUGAAAAAUGGUGUUCUCAAACUGCAGUUCCGAAAGAGAAAUUAUGGGAGCUGUUGCAAGAAAUAGGUGUUGCGCCUCUGCCGCCGCCUCGUUAUGAACAUAGAGAAUCCUUUCUCGAGAAAGGGGUCCAAGAUUACAGUUUGCCCUGCCAUCGUUGCGGUGAUAAGGAUCACACUGCUUUUGUUUGCCACAGCAUUUUGUCAUGUGACCGUUGUCGUAAAGUGGGGCACAGAGCUAUCAAGUGUCCCGCUAGAAGAUGCUCUGAGGAGAGUUCUCCACCUUCGGUGAUCAUUCCUCUUUCCAAAGAGAUUUCUAGAGCAGCAGGGCAGUUCGGAUAUUGUGGAGUCCUCUCGUUUUCGUUUGAGAGUGAGAUCGGCUCUGAGAAGGAUGUGGUGGAUGCCCUAUCUUCGGUGUGGCCUUGGAAUUGGUCUUGGCCAAUACGCCGGCUAGAUGAAAAUGCUUUUCUGGUUGAGUUUCCAUCAGAAGAAGCUUUUCAAAAAUUGACAGAACUUCAACCUAUAAGGUACAAUAACUUCUUUCUUCAGCUCCAACGUUGGAGCAAGAGGGUUGGAGCGAUGGGGAAACCUCUUGACGUGUGGAUUAGAGUAGCGAGCUUCCCCUUGCAUUGUUGGGAUAGGGCCUCUUUCCAGUCCUUGGUGGCAAGCUUUGGGAGUCUGGAAGAGCUAGACAAGAAGACAGAGGAGAAAUUGGACCUUUGCGAGGCAAGGCUGCGCAUCUCUUGCUUGGAUCGCUCGAAGAUUCCAUCAUUCAUUGACGUGACUGUCGGUGAAUUGAUUUAUGAAGUUCAGCUGCAGGUAGAAGGUCAAGGUCCCGAUCUGGAUAUGAACAAUGAAGCUCUCGGGAUCUCACCAACGGAGGCGACUCCCAGGAUGAAUGAGAAGCAAAUUGAUUCCUAUCCGGUUCGAUCGUCGGAAUCCGCCAGCCGAUUGCCAAGAGUACGCGAACCGGCUAGGAUUUCAAAAUUGAAACAGAUUUCAAAAUCUGACGCCCGAUUUCCCAGUCUGAAUGGUGGCAAUUCCGAGUCAGCUCACUUGGGGAGCCGUCUGCAAUUUCUUUUUUCGAAUUCCAAUUCUGGGACAAGCCAUGAAGGAGAGGAUUCCUCCGCUGCGGAGAACAUCCCCAAGGAUAAUGUACCUGGUGGCUCUUUCCUUUGCUUGGGGUCUCUGCCUUCCGUAGAUACUGCGUGCCGUGCACUUCUAAGGUCUCCCGGGUACGACCCCAGUUAUGGUGGCAAUUCCGAGUCAGCUCACGUGCGCGAUGGCCACCAUGUGGAGACAGGCCAUGCGCGAGAUGAAUCCUCCGCUGCGGAGGACAUCCAUAAGGAUAAUGGAUCUCCUGGCUCUCUCCUUUACUUGGGGACUACGCCUUCCAUAAGUUGGAGCAACCUUGACGCCACUACUAUAAGUCUAUAAGCUCCCCUAUGGUGCAGGUGAGGACACUUUGUCGUUAAAUUACGGGCCUAAUCAAGAGUGACAUGCCCGUGCCCACAAAGCAAAGAAUCCCACCCGUCAAACAAUCAUGACCGUACGUUGCAUGCAUCAAACGGUCAUACUGCCGAGCUCCAACUAACAAUGGCUAUGCAAGGUUCCUUAAAAUUAGAAUUUGUUUUCAAUACCCGUGAAAUAAAAAUUAUGACUAGUAUACAUUUUUUUUUUUUUUUUUUAAUUGAGGAAGUAAGAUACUUCCACCACCAGAUAAUAGUAUAUUAUUAUAGCAAUAAUUAUAGAAGAUAAGGAUGGAGACGCAUGUUCUAGGACAUGGUCUCAUCAGUUAGAGGGGUGAGGGAGUGUCCCAUCACAUAAAUCCCACCCCUCAUUUUGACCUGAAGAAAAUACAACAUCCCACCCCUCAUUUUGAUCUAAAAACCUAUUACAGAAAAAAUACAGACUUGUUGCUGGAAGUUUAAAGGCCUAUGGUAGAUCUGCCAAACAUCGUUACAGACCUGUCAAACAUCUUUACCCAAGCCGUCAAGGCUCCUAUGUACUUUCUCUCGACAUUAUAAUGCCAUCGUUGUAUUGGACCUUCAACA